AAAAUAUAUCCCUUGUAAUGAAAUUCCGAGAUCUCAUUCGCUUUCUCUCUCUAAAAAGCACUUCCUUCUAGUUCCUACCUAAAAGUUGAAUCUUCGCCCCAGAUUGUUUUUCUAAACAUCUUUCCCUCCUUCCUUAUAAUUUUCCUUUUUACCACUGCCGUUGCCACAGAUCUAGCUUUUUCAGUAACUCUCUUUCCUCAGUGCCGCCACUGUUUGAUGUUAUGGUUGUUUCAAAGUUCCCAUUUUUUUUUUUCGUAUUAAUCUUGUUUUUCCUUCAACUCUGUAUUUCAAAUCUCCGCGUUCGGAUACUCCUAGGUAGGAGUUAAGUCAGUUAGUUUAGUUUUCCUGCCUUACCACACACACACACACACACACAAAAAACAAUUUUUUAAUCUGAUAUAAAAAUCCCGUUAGGGCUUCUUCGCUUUCUUUGUAAUAAUGGAUUACGGUCGAGAAGGGAACGUUGUUCAAAUAAUCAACGGCGGAGGAGAAAGCUGGUCCGGCGGCGACCAGGCCGAUUGGGCGACGGAAGACGAAUAUCGAUUCUGGAACAACAACGGCGAUUCCGAAACGACGCCGUCGAACUCGAGUUACGAGCCGAGACAGGGUUCGUCGAGGUCGGGGAGCGAGCCACCGAGCAAGAAAUCUCGGAAUUCACAAGAUGGAAGUUCGAAUAACAGGUCGAAGGCGAUUGGGAAGAUGUUCUUCAAGACCAAACUAUGCUGCAAGUUCCGUGCUGGGACCUGUCCCUAUAUAACUAACUGCAAUUUCGCCCAUAGUAUCGAGGAGCUCCGCCGUCCACCGCCGAAUUGGCAGGAAAUCGUGGCGGCACAUGAGGAGGAGAAGGCCGUGAUUAUGUUGGAGCCGAGGGAAGAGUUCCAGAUUCCGACUCUCGGGUCUUCGGGUUUCGCGGGUGAGGCGAUGCAGCGGUCUUAUAAGGGCCGGCAUUGCAAGAAGUUUUACACGGAGGAAGGGUGUCCCUAUGGGGAUAGUUGCACGUUUCUUCAUGAUGAGCAAUCCAAGAAUCGCGAGAGCGUGGCUAUAAGUUUAGGCCCUGGUGGUUAUGCUGGUGGCGGCAGCGGUGGUGGUAAUGGUACCGGUGGUGGUGGUGGUAAUGGUGGUGGUGGUGGUGGUGGUGCUGCUGCUCCUGUUGCUGCUACUGGUGGUGGAAAUGGAUCUAAUUUAAAGCCUUCUAAUUGGAAAACGAGGAUUUGCAAUAAAUGGGAGAUGACAGGGUAUUGCCCGUUUGGUAACAAAUGCCAUUUUGCUCAUGGUGCUACAGAAUUGCACAGAUAUGGAGGUGGGCUUAUGGAGGGAGAAAAUAGAGACACUGCUUCCCCUGUAGCUCCUGACACAAAACAAGGAGUACCUUCAAAAACUCCUGCUGAUAAUGUGGUUGCAUCAGUUACUCCUGUUGCUCAUUCUGAUAUUUAUCAUAUUGGUGUCCCUUCACAAAGGCCUUCCAUUGUGAAUCAGAGGCCAGGACAGAGAACUCAUCAGAAGUGGAAAGGUCCAGAUAAAAUCAGUAAGAUAUAUGGUGAUUGGAUUGAUGACAUCGAAUAGAGUUAUAUUCCCCAGUGUUGGAAACGAGGGAAAUGGCUAAUGAGGGCCUACAUUACCCCCCUAUGUAUUACCAUGUAGCUUAACACGCCAAGAUUUCCGUUCCCAUCUUAUUCUAUUAGCUAACUUUAAUAGCUGUUCGAUUCACGGAUAACUCUUUUGUUGUGCGUUUGUGUUUGGAGGAGGAUUCAUCUUAAUUCGUUUGUUCUCUGGCGUCUGAAUGUAGCAUCAGCCUCCUUGUAUUUGCAUCAGAUUUUGCCCAUAAGGGUUAAUUACCCUUCUCUCUCUCUCUCUCUCUCUCUCUCUCUCUCUCCUGUUAAAACGUAUUCAUUAGG